AUGGCUGGGGAAGACAAGAUGAGUGUGAGUGAGCUAGAGGCGUUGAUAGCGCAGGAGUAUGAUGAAUUAUCUGAUGAAGCACGAAACAAGACCUUUGGUGAUAUUGCCCUCGACCACUUCAUGGCUGAAGAAGGCCAACCGGACGAUGAGAAGGUCUUGAAUCUAAAGAAUACGCUCAAAAUGGUCAGAGAUGCUUGUCAUGACGGUCAUUAG